AGAAUUGUCAUUUAUUUCAGUUUUUAAUAUAUUUGAAAGAGUGCACUUUACAUUAAAUAUUUACACGGUUAUUGGCUGUGGUUACAAAAUGGGAUAAUGCUGAAGAAGAUACUCUCACUUGUUCAUUCAAAAGCAAAACUUUCGGUGUAUUUUACUCGUCAAUCCUGGAAAGGGCGUGAAAAGAGUGGCGUUCUUGCUUCAAAUCAAAAACAUUUGAGUUGCCCGGAAACAGACGCCAAGGGAUCUGAUAUCGAAGAAUAUGCGAAUCGUGGCAAUCUACAUGAACCAACAAAAUCGUUCAUGACUACUAAAACAGCCUGUCCAAGCAUUUACAGUUGUUGGUUACUGAAGCAUUUUUUCGCACCAAGGGAGAUAUUGAACACAAUUCCACUCACUCUUACACAAUCUUUUGAACUUCGUGUCGGAACCAUCCACAUAUCGCUGACGAGAACACCAAGAAUAUUUCAAUGGAUGACGGUGUAUGCUCAUGGUAUCCUCCAAGCAAAGGAACAAAGACCUCCUUAUGACGAAGUAACGCUCGUGGCAAACGUGUUGCCAGAACAGAAGCAUGACGAUUCCAACAAUCUAGCCGGUGCGUUUCUUGAUGAUGUUGAAGAGACAACCGUGUCGAAAGCUUAUCGGAACGACGACCCAUUUUCGAACCGAUCCAUACAGACGGAAGAUAAUCUCGUCGAUAGUCGACGACAAUCUGACAGAAAUGAAACAGACACAGAGCAAGAUGACAACAUGAAUUGUUCGCAAAUAGAUCACGAUAUUUCGUGUGACACCUUGAUAUUUAAUUCUUCAUUAACCGACGUUAGAAACGCUGAGCAUGUUCAUAUCAACACAACAAGCUGUAUGUUUGCUCCAGAACAUAAUUCUUCCAUUUCGAGAUUAACCCAAGACAAAAUCCAGAAUAUAGAAGAGGAUAUUGAGACUCUAAACCAGAAGCUUUCACGAUUCGUCAUCAUCGCUUUCGUAAUGUACUUUUUAUGCCAUCCUUUGCUGCUGUUUUAUAUUAUGGUUCUCGUUUGCUUACGUGCUUACUUAUAGAUUACGUCGUAAAGAUUUUAUAACGUAGAUCUGUAACCUGGAUUUUUACACACAUAUAUAUUUAGUUACACAUAUAUAGUUAGACUUCUGCAAUAACAAGCUGCUAUAUAUCGUAAAGUAUCCGCUGAUGUUUUCAGUUCGUCUAUUUUAUCAAUACGUUUCCCAAUUCUCUCUAAAAUAUAUUAAAUGGUGCACUCUAUAUCUACAGGACUUCUAGUAAUCUACAUUGAUGUAACAGAACAAACUACAACUUAGACUAACGUUCAUUACAACUUUUUUUUUAUCUACUUUAUACACUUCACGGAAUGCAAUAAUACCCGAUUUCAAUCGAAUAUUUACAUUUGUUUCUAAAUAUAAUUAUACA